AAAGUGGGCCUUUUCUUGUGCACACGUGUGGAGCGUGUACAUGUGAGAGGUGGGGUGAUUGGAUCAAAAUGAGAGGAGAACGUACUCUUGGCUACUUAUCUACAUAAAGACCAUAGUCCCAUUGCAUGUUAAAUAGAUCUCCAAUCACUUCUGUUAGAGGAUUGGCUAACAUUUCUUUCUUUCUUUGGUAGCUGCCAGCUAGAGUCUCUUCAUGCCUGGUGGCAUCUUUCAUAUGAAUGCAAAUGGUUACCUAGCUGAAGAGCCAUGGAUAUUUGGAAGAACGUGACUGCAAUUCCAAUGGUUAAAAUUGAGACAAAAGCAGUGGAAAUGCAUUCUUUCAUCCAUCCUCUCCAUCCUUGAAAGAGGAAAUCUAUCCUUGAGAUAAAGAAUGAGCUCCCACUCUCUGUCAUAAGCCUUUUUGGUCAAUCUCGCAUAAGGUGCUUCACUCAACACUUGACUACACAGAAUGUAUGCAUUCUCUGACAUACACUUACACAGCAUUCUAAUGCCUUUGCUACAAUCAGGGGAAGAGUUCCAGCAAGAUUAAUAGUAAAAGCUGAGAUAAUGAAAGAAAGAAAGACAGAAAAAAACUUCCAUAAUCUGAAUUUUAACCCUUUCACAGCUAAAGUUCCAGCUUUGUACUUGAUGAUCGGUGUUCAAUUCUGACAAGAUGAGCCUGUGGUUUGGUACUCUAGACCUCUAGGCUGUUGUGUUGCACCAUAGAUGGACUUUCCUAAAAUUUCCUCCACAUGAUGAUUGUAUCAUUUUAAUUUGUGGCCUAUAAAUCGACAGUUGAGGAGAAAUGCAACAAUUUGUCCACAUUCAACUUAAAAAACCAAGACAAGCUGCUUGAUCAUCUGAUCUGGGAGGUUUUUGGGGCAUGGUCUAUCCAUAGUGGAAUGCAACAUCCCAAUGGUCUGUCCUAUCAGAUGAUGUCUUUCACUUGUUAAGAAGUUAAAACUGCAUAUACUGUGCUGCGAUUUUGGUCACAUGUCAUAUAAUUCCUCCCCUUGUUGGCUUGAUUAACUCUAUGGAACUAUUUUUUCUGAAGCUGAAGCUGAAACAGUCAUUGCUUAUAUUUAUUGAGAAGAGUGGUUUUUUCUCAUUUGCUUAAGGUGUAAUUUCAUAAUUUGUUUGAUAAUAAUUGCUGUGUUACGGUGUCCCUCAUACAGUUUAAGCCAUAUGAAGAGAUCCAGCAAGAAGGAACGUAGAAGGAUGAGAAGAAAGAAGCUGAACAAGUUCAAAAGGAAAGGAUGCCAAAGGACUUGGAAGAGAUCCAACAAGAAAAUACCAACCUAGGUGAUAUGGAGGACAUCUUCGAAAUAACGCCAUCCAAAAAGACAGAAAUUGUUGAAUAUAGAACUUGGUCUGACCUUCCAAUAGAUCUUCUAGAGUUGAUCGCAUUGCAUCUCUUUCGAGCAGAUUUUGUUCAUCUGAUCUCCUCCUGCAGAAGUUGGCGAUCAAUUGCCCCACUGAACCUAAUCACAAAACGGCAUCUCUCAUUGUUCAGUAGUCGUGGCUUGCCAUUUCUCAGAAAUCACUCGCCAUGGCUCAUGUAUUUUGGGAAAGGCGAUGGCAUGUGUAACUUCUUGGAUCCUUUGUACAAUGAUAGAUAUUUCAUCAAUAUCCCAGAGCUCUCUGGUUCAACAAUUACUUUCUGCAAGGAUGGUUGGGUAUUCAUGUGUAGAGGCGAACACUGUGUGUUCCUUUUCAAUCCCUUUAUCAAAGCAAAGAUUGAACUUCCAGAUUUGGAAUAUCGUAACGUAUUCAAUUGCAUCACCUUCUCAUCCACGCCAACUUCUUCAGAUUCCACAAUUUUUGCUGUUAAUACUCUUGGUGGUUCUGUUACUAUAUACAUUUGUCGUCGUGGGGACAUGUCUUGGAUCGAGGACCAUUUGCCUAGUAAUUUGCCGUUCACGAUGUCUUACUCAAAUCCGGUUUUCAAGGAUGAGGUUUUCUAUGUCUUGGGACAUAAUGGGGUACUGGGUGUCUGUGAUCCAAAGCGAAUCACUUGGACUAUUCUUGCGAAGCCCAAGCCACUGAAAUUCUGUAACUGUCGUAAAGUACCUUCAUGUAAGUGGGAAUAUUAUUUGGUAGAAUCAAGAGGAGAGCUAUUAAUGGUGGUUAUCGGUUUUUCUGGGACUCCAAUUCAAGUUUUUAGACUGGAAGCUUCAGAGAUGGAGUGGGUGAAGAUGGAAACCUUGGAAGAUCGAAUACUAUUUGUAGGUCGAUGGACUUCUCUCUCCUCUACAGCAUUAGUGAAAGGGAUGGAAAAUAAGAUCCAUUUUCCUAUUGUCAGCGGUGAAGAUUGUGUUUUCUACUCGCUUAAGGACAGUAGAUGCUAUCCUAGCAGAGAUUUUUAUGAGUGUGAAGAAUAUAUUUAUAGCACUUGGAUUGAACCGAGGUGGUUUCAACCUUCAGCCGAAGAGCUCGAUUGGAGUCGAACUUCAGUAGGACAAGGAUCUCAACAGAGAUAAUUUUCUUCGAAAAUCAGUAUUAAUUAAUUUUUUUACUUAUUUAAACUAUAUUUUCUUUGGAGGAAGAUGGAAAAAAUAUUCUUUUGCUAUUUGUAUCUCCUUUAGCUACAA